CGUCAGGUGAUCGCCGGCAGUCACGGUCACGUGGCCUGAGCGGGUUCGCCCGUGCUGGCCAUGGCGGCCGCCGUGUCCAGUGUGGUGAGGCGGGUGGAAGAGCUCGGGGACCUGGCUCAGGCCCACAUACAGCACCUUAGCGAAGCCGCGGGGGAAGACGAUCAUUUUUUAAUUCGGGCCUCUGCAGCUUUAGAAAAAUUGAAACUCCUUUGUGGAGAAGAAAAAGAAUGUUUAAAUCCAUCAAAUCUUCUGGAACUGUACACACAGGCUAUUUUGGACAUGACAUAUUUUGAAGAGAACAAGCUAGUAGAUGAAGAUUUUCCUGAAGACUCUUCUCCACAGAAAAUAAAAGAGCUGAUCAGUUUUCUUUCAGAACCAGAAAUUUUAGUUAAAGAAAACAGUAUGCAUCCAAAACCUUGUAGUUUGCUUGGGGAUGAGCUCCUGGAAUGUCUGUCUUGGAGACGAGGAGCCCUGCUGUAUAUGUAUUGUCAUUCUCUGACUAAGAGAAGGGAGUGGCUCUCAAGAAAGUCGAAUUUGCUUCAAAAGUACCUUGUUGAUGGAAUCACUUACUUGCUGCAGAUGCUAAAUUACCGAUGCCCUAUCCAGUUAAACGAAGGAGUUUCUUUCCAAGACCUAGACACAGCUAAAUUACUAAGUACAGGAAUAUUUAGUGACAUUCAUGUGCUGGCUAUGAUGUACAGUGGAGAAAUGUGCUAUUGGGGAUUGAAGCAUUGUGCAGAUCAACAGUCAGAAAAUCAUGAAGUUGCUACUGGAGCAAGCUGCACUAUACACAAAGAACCCUUGGAUUUCCGAGAAGUAGGAGAAAAAAUCUUGACAAAGUAUGUAUCCGUGUGUGAAGGACCUCUGAAAGAGCAAGAGUGGAAUACAACAAAUGCAAAACAAAUUUUAAAUUUCUUUCAGCAUUGCUGUAACUAGUGGUUCAUUUAGUCCUUUGACAUUCCCCAAAAAGAAAAGAUCCAUGAAAUGGAAAAGAAAGCUUCAGAAAAGAAGACAUACUGAUUUUGAGAACAUUACACUACAUAAAGAUAACCAAUAUGGCUACCCUUCUUUAAAUGCUAUCUUUGUCUUCUUAUAGUCUUAAAUCUUUGAACAAAGUAUUUAAAAUGACAUAUAUGUUACUCUAACUGAAUCUGAACUAUAUAUAAUCCUGCCACUAGUAAGGAGGAACCCAAUUUAGAUUUACAGGUUUUUUUCCUCAUACUUUAGGUUACAGUAUUUUUAUUGUGAUGAAAUAUAUGUAACACAAAAUUGAAUCUUCCUAUUUUGAAGUUUGUCAUGCUUCAGAGAUUAAAAUCAAUUUACCUCAUUAUUUCAAAUACCUACUAUGGAUAUAAAUGUAGGCAAUUAAAAGGUCAUGACUAAUAUUCACAUUUAAUUUUCAGUAAGUAAAUAACAGAAAACUCCACAAAGGGAUCAUUGUGUUUAUUUUCCCAUGCAUUACUAAUCAUAGUUAAAUUUUUUAUGUAGGCAUUUUAUAGAAAAGUUAUUUCAUAUUUUGUUAAAAUAAAAAGUAUUGUUUCUUAAGUAAUGAAGAUAAAAAUCAGGUUACGUGAGUCCAUUAUUAGUUCAAAUGCUUUGAGGCACAUCUUUUGCCUAUUGUAUUGAAACCUGAAUGUUUUACCUUUAAUAGGACUGACUCGCUGAAGGCUAAUGAGCCUCACUUGAUAUCUUGCUUCCCAUCUUUCUGUCUACCUCAACUCUUGUCAUCUUGGGAUGGUCUGUGUGAUUCCUUCUGAUGCACUAGAGUUCUGUCCCAAUGACAUCAUCACAUUCCAGCCACUUUUGUGACUACACCUUGAAUAUCAAUCAUCCUGAAUUUCUAUUUCUGAAAUUUCAAUAGCUGAUGACAUUCUUAUCUUUCCAGCUUUUUAAAUGUUCUUGUUUUUACUGAUGUUUCUCUGUUUACAUUCUACAGCCUGUAAUUUCUUCAGACUUUUCUUGACUGCUCCCCCAACUUCUGAACCAUGAGCCUCUUUCACAUUUUCCUCUUUGUCCUCAGCUUCAUAGGUCACCGUAUGAACACGUGUCCCCCAUUGUUCCCUCUUCCAUCUUACCUUUCAGCCUUGUCUUUUUGUACAAACUCUCAGCACUGUGUUAAUCUUGUCAAAGCUUCUUAGGAGGCUGAGUCUAUAGAAAGGCAUGCAGUCCUUCAGAGUGCAUUAUUACAUGUGUGACUUCACUUAGAAGAACCCAACAAGCCUUUUGUUGCUAGGCUGCCCCUUUCUCUUCUGGCAGUGUGGUGGAGUCAAAUUUAUUACUCUCCUCAUGUUCUCUGCUCCUCUUGCACAGAAAGUUUAGACUCUCAAGGAGUUGACUAAUAUUUACUCAUUUUCCUGUUUUAGACAAAAGAGGUUGCCUGCUUUUUAUUGUAAACUGAUCUACAAUACAUACUUAAUUUAUGCUGUUUCCCUGAUUUCUCUCAUAGUUUCUCAUUUUCUUGUCCUUUUGGUGUUGAGCCUCACCAGAGUUCUGUUUUCUUCUUUAUUUUUAAGUUUUUCUUCUUUGCUUUUUACUCCAAAUACCCUUGUUAAGCAACAUCUUUUACAGCCAUUGCAGCUUAUAUAAUACCAGACUGUCUUCCAUGCCAGUAUCAUGAACCCCAGGCACCUUAUUCUGAAUCUUAUUUCCAACUGCCUAUUAGACACCUUCAUUUAGACAAAUGUUGCAGAAAUUUUAAAUUGAGUGUCUACAAACAGCAAAUUUUUAUCUUACAGAAAAUCUUUUCUGCUUCAUAUUUCUUCAGUUUUGUAUAUUCUGCGGAAAUAGAGAGCCUACAUUCCUACCCUCAUUUCUACAGACAUGCUCUGUGUUCUAGAUCAGUGUUUUUUCAAACAUUGAAAUCCUAGGCUGCUUUUUGAUAAACAUACACAUUCUGAAUAAACCUUGGAAACAAGAGGAAAUUCUCCCUAUCCCUGCUUCAACCCUUGGUUUAGCUUUACACAGUCAAGGUUUUUUAUGUAAUUUAGCAUUUUAACAAGUUUUAUUAUUAACUACCUUACCUUUCUAAAAUUAAAUGAUUUUUAAUGUGGUUUUAGAAGCACAGACUUCCUUAAGGGAUCAUGGUCAGUUCAUCUCAAGUGCUUCCAGUACCUUUCCCAAAUGUGCUUCUGUUUCAUAACUUCGGUAUACCUUUGUAAACAUCUUAUUUCUGAGCUCCUUGUGGCCAAUAAAUAUUUACCUUUAUGAUGCACCUUCAAUGAUCAUGUCCAAAGGAUUUUUUAAGACCUUUCCAGUAGAAAUGAGAUACUCCUUUGUUAUGUUCCCUGUCUUCCCCACCCACAUUACCACACUCACACCACAUUGCUUUGUAAUUACUUUCCUUUCUGAGUGAACUUCAUAUAUUAAAAUUUUACCUUAGCACAUAUUGCUUUUUGCAUGGUAAAUAGUAAUGGAUUUUGAAUUAAUGAAGCAUGAUUUGAAAUGCCAGAUUCUACACAAAAGAAUUGCUGCUAUUGUAUUCCAAAAUGCCAUGCCCUCUCUACCAGUUUUUGACAAGGCAAAUAGGAAUAUAUAAGAGGAACAAAGUGAUACUUAGAUUCUAAACCUGAGAAAAUAAGAGACCUUUUUAACUUCAGAAGCUGAAAGCUUCUAUUUUGCCCUUAUGACCCUUGUGGAUUCACUGGCUGGUACAAUUAUGAGGGUAUUCCUGGGUGCUUUUUGUACAAUUUUGUCCCCCAAACAAUUGGAGUAUAAUUUGUAGACUGUAGUAGUUGCAGUAUUUUUUACUCUGGUGUGUUAGAAAUGAAUAACAAUUUUUGUAUUAUUAAAUCCUGCUAAAUAAACUCUGCUUCAUUUAGAAUGAAAUAACCUCAAAAUACCAAAUAUUCCACAAUGAGGAUGGUAAUUAAGCCUGUAAUCCAUUCAACAGCUAUUGUGUAUCUACUAAAUGCCAUAUUUUGUCCUGGGUACUGAGUACAUAGCUUUGUUAAACACCCUCCUACUAUGGAACUUCUAGUGGAGGAAAGAUAUACAGUAUGCCAAUUGAUGACUACUAUGAAGAAUAAAGCAGGUGUGAGGACUAAUGUGACUUGGAGAUGGGUGCCCUUGUGUUUUACAUUGCUAGGUAGGCACAUCUAAGCACCUGUCUACUGCUUUAGCAUUUGUCUUCAGUUUCCAUCUUGUUGGUUAAAUGCCUGUGUGUUCAGUGUACUCAUAGGGAGGGCUCUUCUUAUGAAAGGCCUGAUACUGAAGUAUAGGAAUAAGUUGCCACUUGUUUUUGUCACAUAGAAAGGGUUUCUCUUCACUGUGCUUUCCUGAUGUGUGCUACCUAAGGGCCUUGUGUUUUGUUUUGUUCUUUUAGUUUCAGCUGGUCUCCUUUCUACCUUCCAUUUCCCUUUUCUUUACUAUAAGGUUACCCUGUCUGCCACAGAAUCCAAGAUUCUGUAGUUUUUUGUUUUUGUUUUCUAGUAUCACUUUUCUGCAUUUUAAAAAUACAGUAUGAGAUAACAUAAUAUAGAAGUAUUAAAUUAAGUUACUUAAUGUAGCCACUUUUUUAAAGUAUGCAUUUAUA